GAUCAUAUGUUGAUCACAACGCAGUUCAUUGCGCGCGCACAUGUUUGGUACUCGUCUUCGCGAUUAGGAAACUAAAUUCUCUCGUCGCGACAAAGAAUCAAGUACAUAUAAGUAAAUCAAUUCAUUUAACAUGAAGCCAACGCUUGUGGCUGAUGAAAUGUUUCCCGAAGGAGCUGGACCGUAUGUUGAAUUAGAGGAGGUCGGAGGUAGUAGGUUAUUAGUGGAUCUUACAGCUAGUGAGAAAGCUGUCCAUUCAGAAUUUUUCAAUGACUUUGAUGAUCUUUACGAUGAUGAUGACUUGGAGUAAAGCAGAGUUUCUAGAAGUUAAACUACACGGUGCUUUUGUACAGAUUGCAAGUAACUUAGCAUUGAAGCAGAAGAUUUUUUGUUCUCACAGAUCCAUGUAAAAACAUGGGCACAGUGGAAUCAAUGGACAUUGUAUAUCAGUUGCGUUCAACAGAAAAUGGCAUUUCAUAUUUUACGAUUACCACUCAAUGAUCUAUGAUUUUUCUUGUCUCGCUGAUGCUGCAUAUAACUUUUUCAGCACAAUGCUGUCAUCGUCAAUAUAUAUAUAUACAUAUAUGAUGUAUUAUUAUUUUUGAUACUUUGAAUAAAUAUAAAAAAAUAAUACAAUAUUUAUAUAUGUGUAUGAUAAUAUUAACUUAAUACACUACGCUUUCAUUAUACUGAAAAGAAUUAAAUAUUCAAGACAAAAAAAAUUA